AGUGGAGGCGGGGCCUCCCCGGAGGCCCGUGUGCGCCUGCGAAUUUCGACCGGAGCCUUGCUCCGCCUCCGGGGACUGCCAAAUCCACCAUGGAGGUGUACCACCGGCCCUGCGACGAGGUUGGCUUCAAUGCUGAGGAAGCACAUAAUGUUGUCAAAGAGUGUGUUGAUGCCGUCUUAGGAGGCGAGGACUACAAUCAGAACAACAUCAACCAAUGGACUGCAAGCAUAGUGGAGCAAUCCCUAGCCCAUCUGGUUAAAAUGGGCAAAGCUUAUAAGUACAUUGUGACCUGUGCUGUGGCCCAGCGGAGUGCCUAUGGAUUUCAUACAGCCAGCUCAUGCUUUUGGGAUACUACAUCUGAUGGAACCUGUACUGUAAGAUGGGAGAACCGUACCAUGAACUGCAUUGUUAAUAUCUUUGCGAUUGCAAUUGUCCUGUAACCCAGUAUAUAUGGGUUAAAGCCAUUAACUUAAGUUCAUGAGUGUAUCCUUUCUAAAAAGAGUAAUAAUUACUUAUUAAUGUGCUAGACAGCAAGUGUGCAAUAUGCUUCAAAGCUAUCAACAAAAAACCUGAAUAUCAGAAGGAAAAGUCUAAUAAAUAAGAUCUUGGCAGAUUAUCUCAUACUCUAUACAGUUUCAUUUAAACACACAAAUGUUAGCCAAAAAUUACUGAGGAAAUGUUGACUAACAUAAGAUUAGGAUGUUAUAUUUCACUAGCAUCACGCACCCACACAGAUGGGCGCAUCUACUUAGAUGCUGACAUUAUCUUUAUACUAGAAGACUUAACAGGGAUAAAUAUGUGAACAAAAAUGCUGCAAUGAUCAGUGCAGAAGAAAUUACAUGAAUUGUCUGAUACCUUGUUUAUUUUAAUUUCUUCCCUUCAUUGGAUUAUAUAUAAUAGUUCAUGGAAAGUAAUUUUGACACCCCACCACCACCUGUAUCUAAUGUUGUAGUAGCAGCUAUGACUAACCUGUUUCAUUUUCCUGAGAACCUGGCAAAGCCCUCUUUCUAAUAUCAAUUUCUUGCAUUUACACUUGAGGUGGAAUUAAAUAAUCACCAGGUUUCCUGCUUAAGCAAAGUUAGUUAAGUAUAUGAUCAACAGUAUCUGACUCAGAUCACGGCCUUACAAUCCACUCAUUCCAUGAGGAACAUUAGCUACCGAAUGCCUGUUGUGCGUCUUUCUCUGCCACGCAUGGCAGCUCUCAACAUGGUGUUCAAGUGUUAAGUUUCUAUUGGUUUCCGUUGGAAAACUGGGAUCUCUGAGGAAGGGUUGAAAAAGAAAGGAAAAGGCUCUGGACCUCCGUGGAGAACUAGCCAAAAGGAAAGCACUAAUUGGUGGCAGAAUUAUACAAAUAAUUUUUAAGGGUUGCUUCUGAUAAAAUAAAACACCUAAAAUAUGCAACUCUUACCUAAAAGCCUUAUCAGUAGUCUUAGUUAUACAAGUCAUAAAUUUUAUCAUUGCAUUAGUUAUAGCUAUGUGUGCAUAAUUUAAAAUACUUAUGUGGAGUUAGGACUGAGUGGAGUAGAAUAUAUAUUAAAAGUGAACAAUCAUUAAUAGGUUAUCUAAUUUCUCAGGGCUUAUGAAAUAUAGCUAAAUUUAUUAAGAAAAUCAGUGCUAAAACCUAGGGUACACAACUGGCCACCAAAUGUCUGCCAUUUAAUCUUGAAAAUGAAAUCAAUUUUACAUGUCACCACUGGCACUGAAUCCAUGUAAGGAUUGGAAUCAUGAGUCAUUGAAUUUUUAGGGUAAAGAAAAGCUUAGUAUUAAUGGCAACAAUAUUAAAACAGGAUUCUUGGAUGACUACUACACGCAUGGUUGGCAUUUUGCCAAGUAACUGUAAUGACAGGAAUGCAAAGAUAGGAUUUCAAGCAGUGACCUGUGAUUUUGGCACCUCAGAAAUUCUUUGUCAUUACCUGUCUGUUACUUUAUGUGCUGGCUCUUGUACCUCUGGAGAUUAUACUAGUGACCAAACUAUCUGUGCAGUUAUGACUGAUUUUUGACUAUUGUUGUUGAAGCCUCAUUUUAAAAUAAAUCAUACCUCGUGAGCUUGCUCUCUGCUGUUUCUAUUUAAAAUAUAAUAAAGACUAUCUGACUGUGCUGAA